AUGCGUCAAUCCAUCUCGAGCCGCCUGCAGGGCAAGUCGCGGUCCCAGGACGAGGAGAAAGCGACGAAAGGCAUUGAGGAUGCCAAAGACGGGUACACGCCCCCAGAGAAUGUCUAUGAGGCCAUUCUCGAGCUGCAGGAUCACCAGCGAAAAGACUGGGCACGAUGGCGCGACAAGGAAUAUGCUAUCAUCCCCCAUACCGAUGCGGGCGGUGAUGCAUACUUCAUUGGGGACUUCUACGAGGGCAUCAAGUGUGCUAACGAGUGGGAGAUGGAAGAGCCUGGCCCGUACCUUCAAUAUGUCAAGGACCUCUCAGAGACUAUGCCUCAUCUUGCCUAUCUCGGACACUGGAUGGAAGUCACAUGCGCUCCACCCAAAUGGCGUUACAUGAAGUUCUUCGACGAAAAUCGUCGAGAGCGGAGGUCCAAAGCUCAUGUCUGCGUGAUCGACUACACCGAUGGCGGAGGACCGGAGACUGAGACAUAUAACAAUACCGAAGAACUACUGCCUGCUCUCACGAAAGCCCCUCAGACUGCCGAAUCACGACAGACUCGCCUCUUGAUAGUCGAAGAUCUGAGUCGCGAUCUCGUCGAGGGCCUCGGUGCUUUCUACGAUAUCGAUCCACUCUUCUUCCUCUCGUACAUUGGCGACUACCUCUUUCACAACACACGAGAUCCAUGGGUAGAGCUUCCCAAUCUCGAUGUCGAUCUGAGGAAGCAGAACCACUUCAUCAUACAGUACCUUCGAGCAAGGUACUUCCCGACUGAAAAACAGUAUCAGGCUGCCGAGAUGGAAACUGGCAACUGGAACAUCUUGCGGCGACUGGAUAGUGACAGAAGUCGGAAACGGCUGCAGAACGGUCUGCUAGACAAGAAAGAUGCCAGCGUAGUGCUUACUCGUGCAAAGACAUCGCUAUGGAUCAAGCCCAGACAGGCAGGGGACCCUGUAACAGCGAUCCUCCUCUUGGAUCCUACAGUCUCCACCGGACAGCCACUCUGGGGCGGGUACCGCCCUUUCGAGGGUACUCCAUCCAUGGCGGCCCUUCGGUCAAACCGAGAAAAGGCAGUGCAGGCGCCUAAGCGCCAGAGCCUAUUCGAUGACAUGAAGUACUGGAGCCUCAGGCUGAGUAGCGAUGACCUCAACAGGAUCCGAAGUGACGAGCGGUGCAUAGCUCUCCCUAUGUAUCGUCUAGUCAUUGCAGACUGGCUUACCACGUUGAAGUAUAUGACAACCCAACUGGGCAAGAUCGAAUGGGAGUUUGAGAAACCACACUGGGGCGAAAAUGCCAGCGACAUCUCAGAUGUACUGCAAAAACUGUCGCCCUGGCGUCGGAACGUUGGAUACUACCAGACCAUGAUCAGUGAGGCCAGUGCACGACUGUUUCCUCCAGAGGUACAUGCGCCGUAUCACGGUCUGCAAUCAAGUACACCAGCUCUGUCCCAGGACUCGACUUCACGAGAGAUCCUUGCAUCGGGCACAGACAAAGUUGGCAUCAUCGCAUUACUCGUUGACUUCAAGAAUGUCAAACGCCAAAUGGACGAGAUCCAGGUCCGCAUCAAAAGCAUUGAGAACAUGGCCACGAACAACAUCAAUAUCGAAGAGAGCAGACGCGCUGUCAAACAGAACAAGAACCUGGCAAGACUUACCUUCCUGGCCGCCCUCUUCAUCCCACUCCAGUUCACAUCGAGCUUCCUAAGCAUAUCCCCGGACUUCACCCAGGCGAAACAAUCCAUCUGGCUAUUCUUCGUCAUUGGGAUUCCAUUGACCCUGAUCGUCCUGCUUGCGAUUGAGCUCACUCACCCAGAGCAGAACAGCUGGACCUGGAGUAGAUGCAAAGCCAUCAAGCGACAAUGGAGGGCCUACUACGGCACAGGGAAGAAGCCGGAGACUCCCAUGCCAACGCCGCCGCCACAACAACACAACCGCAGGAAAUCUGUGGUACGAAAGGAAACCACGGUACCAUGGAUCACGUCACGAAACGAUACGAAGCAUGAAUGA